AUGUACAGUCCAUAUCGAAAAGCCAUCAAUCUCCGCGUGCCCCGCUCUCUGCUGUGUGUCGCUGACGUCUGCCUCCUCCUCCUCCCGCCGCAGAACAUCGUCAUGCCCCACCAGUGGGUGGAGGGCAACCUGCCCGUGUCCGCCAAGUGCACCGUCUGCGACAAGACGUGCGGGUCGGUGCUGCGCCUGCUGGACUGGCGCUGCCUGUGGUGCCGCGCGUGCGUGCACGCCGCGUGCCGCCCCGCCUACCGGGAGCGCUGCCCGCUGGGCCCGGCCAAGAUAAGCACCUUGCCGCCCACGGCGCUGCACAGCGUCGGGACGGACGAGGCCUGGGAGGCGGUGCGUCCGCAGGGCUGCUCGCCCCUGCUCGUGUUCGUCAACUCCAAGUCGGGCGACAACCAGGGCGUCCGCUUCCUGCGACGCUUCAAGCAGCUCCUCAACCCGGCGCAGGUGUUUGACCUCAUCGGCACCGGCCCAGGCCUGGGCCUCCGUCUUUUUCGGCACUUCGACCCCUUCCGCAUCCUGAUCUGCAGCGGGGACGGGUCGGUGGGCUGGGUCCUGUCCGAGAUCGACCGCCUCAACAUGCAUAAACAGUGCCAAGUGGGCGUGCUGCCCUUAGGGACGGGCAAUGACCUGGCCAGAGUCCUCGGCUGGGGCUCCUCCUGCGACGACGAGACCAUGCUACCCCAGCUGCUGGAGCAGUACGAGAAGGCCUGCACCAAGAUGCUCGACCGGUGGAGCAUCAUGGCGUUCGAACGGAACAUAUCGAUUGGGACCGGUAACUUGCAGUUCACCACGCAGGUCUCUCCCCCCAUGUCCUCGUCGGUCAUGGCUGCAUACGACGACUCAUUCACUUACCACGCCUCCAAGAUCCUCCAGUCAGACGACAUCCCCGUCAUCAUCAGCUCUGCGCAGUCUGUUUGUGAUAGACUGAAGUGCUAUGCCCUGCAACUCACGGAACCGAGCCUGGGUAAAGCGGAGAGGGAUUUUGGUCAGCAAUGUAAGGUUGUCCCGGAGAAAUUGGACCAGCUUCUGCAUACUCUGGGCCAGGAAGAGCUCAAUUUUCUUCACCCUGAAUUUGAAGAUGAUGAGCCUUGUUUGCAUGAUGAUGAGAAGGCGUCUUUAGAGAAAUCAGAGAAGAACCAAGGAAAUCACCAACUUCAACUGGAUGCAAACAAACGUCAGCAACUUCUGUUGAGAGCUAAUAGUCUCAAAAAAGCUGUACGAAAACUAGUGGAAGCUACUGAGCAGGCUGUAGACGACCAUAAUAAGCAGGCAUCAAAACCAGCCAUGGAUACCUUAAAAGUGAAUCAUGGACUGGACUCAGGCUCGAGCUCUGAUGGCAGUCGCUGUCCAUCACCCGCACUGUUAGGUUCUCGUCUGGCAACAUUGUCACCCCUUCCUGACCUGAGGAGGGACUCUGGGGGUGAAGAUUUAUUACCAAUCCCUGUUCCAAAGGAAUUUGCUGACAGAAGGCGAAGCUCAGCUAUGUCUGUUGAAAGUGUAUCAGAUUGUUUUGGUACACUCAGCCACAGGAGUUCCCUCCAGCCACCGGAUGGCGAAGAGUCCAAGCAGGAAGUUCUAGACCCAAAAAGAAAGGCCCUUGGGGUGAUUGAAAACAAUCCAGGAAGAAAUGCUGAUUUGCACAGUAGAGUAGAACCCAACAGACUUCCAAUACUGCCAGAAUUGAGUUCAGAAGCAAUUUGUACCAACAAGGUCCGAAGAGCUGGUGCUGAAGAUAGUUUUCUUCAGGUUGUUGAUGAUCCGAAUCGCAGGUUUAGCUUUGGUGGAUUUAGCACUGAUGGUACUACAACUGAUAAAGAAGUAAAUUCAGUGAAGUUUGAAAAAUGUAAGCGCCCUAACAGAGGCCGUCACAGUGUAGAUAGUGGUGAAGAUCCUGUUUGGAGAUGCUUGGCCCUGGAAGGUAGUGAAAUUGCAGACAUCAAACAUAUUGAUUCCUCAGAGACAUCUGAAGAAAGUGCAGAAGGUUCUAUUAAAAUACCAAUAGGCAUGGAGAACUCAAUCAAGGACUCCUCUGUGAAAUUUCAGUGUCCCCCUCUGCACAAUGCUGCAAAACAACUUGUUGGAAUUGAUGGAUCAGAGUAUGGUGAUUGUACUGAUCCAUUCGUUACUUCAGGGGAGGAGAAUGAAUCUGAGGAUGAUGUCCGGUUUGCUAUUGGAUUGAGUGGGCAUGCGCAGUACACAGAAGAUGGAACAGAUCCAGCUGCUAAGUGCACAUUAGCUCAUUUUGUUGAAGGUAAUGACAUUGCGAGGCGCUCCAUUAAAUGUCGUCACAUAGCAACAAGAAGACCAGAAGCUCGCCAUAAAACCAAAGUUCACAUCUGUGAGCAAAUUCAAGAAAACAGACUAGAUGUUCCUGUACUUAAUAUUGAUGAAAACUUUGAAGAUGAACUUCUUCCUGCAUCUAGCAUUGGGAACCUAUCUGAUGAGAUGGAUCCCUAUUUGAAGGGUUUCAAAGUAUAUUCCCGGGAUCCCUCUCCAGAGGACAAAAAGACUGAACCUGAAACAGGAGAUGGUAUUCACAGCUUGCUGUCAAGUCUUAAUGUACCUGAGGCAGGACGAUACAACCGCAGUCACAGCUUAGGAGGUGGUCCUACUCCUACUCCACCAUCUUCUGCAGCAAGUACCACAGGAAGUAGUACAGGGUGUUUCUAUCCCGAAAAUGAUCAAAUUCAGAUUCACAUACAAGGAUCAAAUAACAAUUUGACAACUGGCCACGAUAGCGACACAAGUGGAAGUGGCGGUGGGAGUACCUUACAUAUACUUUCCCCUUAUCAUCUGCAACGUAAAAGUAUAGCAGCAUCUUCAGCUAUGUAUCAAGAGAAAGAAAGGAUGCUUAGCCCCAUAAGAAGAGCGAAGGAGAGGGGAUUUCCUCAUCCAGUGAUAAGUGUUGUUGUUGAUCCUCCAUCUCCUACACAAUCUGAGGAGGAUAAGCAUCAGUCACUUGACGACAACCCGUACCGCCGAUAUAGCUGCGAUAGCGCUGGUGGUAAAGCCUCACCACAACAACUGUGGCGCUGUUCGCCAGCUGCUAGCCGACGAAUUUCCAGCGGUAGCCUCCUCAAAGUACCAACAGAAUCUGGAGAUCGGUCCUUAUCUCAAGAUGAUUCCACUCCAGGCCCCAGACAGCCGUUCCGUGAUCGCCUCCGUAGCUCAGUAGAAAGGGAUCUGCAAGUCAGUAUUGAUCUUAUGGCAUCUGUAUCCGCCAAGACUGGUGCAAUCGGAACUGUUGGUGCCGGAGAGACUGGGACAGUACCAAAAGCAAAGAAGUUGCCAAUUAUCAACCCAUUAGUUAGACUCCCCAUGUGGCCAAAUGUCAGCAGUGCUGGAAUGAUUAGCAAGGCUCUUCUGGCAAAUGCUGAUGCCCUCUGUGCUGCUGCAUCUCCUUUGAUGGAUCCAGAUGAAACCUUGUUAGAGGGAUUCUUUGAAAGGUGUGUUAUGAACAAUUAUUUUGGUAUUGGAAUUGAUGCAAAAAUAUCCCUUGACUUCCACCACAAAAGGGAAGAACACCCUGAAAAGUGCAGAUCUAGAGCAAAGAAUUACAUUUGGUAUGGUGUGCUAGGCAGCAAAGAGUGGCUACAGAAAACUUACAAAAAUUUGGAUCAAAGGGUUCAAUUGGAAUGUGAUGGACAAAAAAUACCUCUGCCUUCAUUGCAAGGCAUUGUGAUUUUAAAUAUCCCAAGCUUUAUGGGUGGAACAAACUUCUGGGGAGGAUCCAAAGAAGAUGAUGUAUUUUUAGCUCCAAGUUUUGAUGAUCGAGUUUUGGAGGUUGUUGCUGUUUUCGGAUCCAUGCAAAUGGCAGCUUCUCGUCUCAUUAACCUCCAGCAUCACAGGAUAGCACAAUGUCAAACUGUCCAAAUUAAUAUACUUGGAGAUGAAGGGGUUCCUAUUCAAGUUGAUGGUGAAGCAUGGGUGCAACCCCCUGGCAUGAUACGUAUAAUCCAUAAAAAUAGAAUGCAAAUGCUCUGUCGCAAUAGUGCAUUGGAGAAAUCUCUAAGAGCCUGGGAAGAAAAACAACGCUCACAUAUGCCUCAUCCAACCACUGGGUUAACUCCUCAUGAUCGGCUUGCUCCAUUCAAUGAAGAAGAACUUGCCUUGCUUCUUGGGUUCAUUGAUGCAUCAACCACCCUAGUGAGAUGUGUUAAAUUGCUGACAAUUCGUCACCCAUCUAUUGAAGCUGACCUCUAUGAUUUAGCUGCUAAGACUCACGACAAUUUGGAAAAUGUUCAUCCGGGAGGAAAACUUUUGGCAGGCACUGAGUUGCGCCCUGCAGUAACAGGGCUGGUUGCCAGUGCUAGACAAUUACAUGAAGAAUCCUGCCAACUUCUCAGAGAGAAAGCUCAUCAACUGCGGUUGCGAGAGGAUCUUGAGGGACAACUUAGCUCGGCUCUAGCAAAUAUGGAAGUAGAAUUGCGAAAAUGCAACAUAGAUGAUGGCUGUGUUACUCUACAUCAACUACCACCUGGAGAGGGUGAAAGGAAAGGAAAAGCAAGAGGACUCUUCUGGCUUCGGUUUAGAAGAGGAGAGCGUACCACCCACGGAGAACGCAGUCGCCAAACUGCCGCAGAUGUAGCUACAUGGGGCACAUCAGAAGUGGCAUCAUGGCUUGAAUCACUGCAGCUUGGUGAAUAUAUUGAUUCAUUUACAGUACAUGAUAUUCGUGGCAAAGAACUUCUCACAUUGGCACGAAGAGAUCUAAAAGAAUUAGGGGUGACCAAAGUUGGGCAUGUUAAAAGGAUCUUGCAGGCUGUGAGGGAUCUUACUACUUAAGAGAACAUAUUUUAUUGUUUAGCACCAUCCUUGUCUCUUUAAGUUGUGACAGCCUACACAACAUUCCCUUUUAUUUCAUCAGAACAAAUAACUGUUCAUUUUUCAGAGUAUUAAAAAGUAGUUUUUGACAAAUGAAAUGUCAAAUAAAGGCAAUACUUGAAUUGUGCAAUAAAACACAAUCAAAGCAAUACAGUACAUUGGCAUUGGAAUGCCUACCUAUAACAAUAAAGGCAACUUGUUGUUUCAUAAUUGUUGGUUUUCUUGACAGUGUUGUGCAGUAUUAUUUACUUGCCUACGUUCGUUAAUGAACCUGUAUUGAAGGAAGUUGAUUUUAAAUCCAUGAAGCAACUGGUGUUCAUAAUUUAUUCAAUUCUUUUUCACUGUUCGUUCCUUGAGUACAUGGUUGUGAAUUUGGUGCUCAGUUGGGGAAUUAUCUGGAGCAAUACAUUGCAAGGGUACUGUAAUUAUGGAUCGCUGAUGUUUUAAUAAUAUGACUUUGUGGUGACAAUUAUGAAGGUAUUCAUAAUAUUUUAAUUUAUUGUACUUCUUACGGUCAAAGUGAUACAGAUGGAUGUAAGAACUACUACUGAAUUGUGAUGCAAAAGAGUUUUGUAAAAAAGCACAUUUCAUUUGUGGAUCAUCUUAUUCUUAAGACAGGUCUCUUAAACAUUUCAUCCUAUUUUAAAUUGUUACUUUACUUGGGUAAUAUAAUAUUUUCAGAUGUAAGAAAAAGUAUGGGCCAACCUCUAAGUUAAGUUAAUAACUUACAGCUGACCUCUGAUUAUGAUUUAUAGCAAUAUUGACCAAAUCAUGUUGAUGAUCCUGUAUCAUCCUGCAAGCUAGUGGUCCAAUUUUAAUCUGAUUUUGAUUACUAUUCUUAACAGGAUUGUUACUAGUUUGUAGACUUCUUUCACAAACAUUAACAGUUUAAUUGUGUGUGUACUCAUACAACUUAUAGAAAAAUAAUUUUAAGAUUAAUUCUAGUGUGAUAUUCUGUGCAUUAAUCUGACCUAGUGAUCUACAAUGCAGUACUGAUCUAAUUCACAGUACAGUAUCUAUUGUGGUUCCUGUGUGCAAACCAAGACCGAGACUGAUGGGACUGAUAAAAAUUCCCAAGGAGUUGAAAGUUAUGAUGGAAAGUGUAUUAGACAUUUUUCUCAUCUAAAUUAUGUUCAUAUUACUGCGGUAGAAUAUGACAUAUUAUUAUCCACUGCACUAUGCUUGCACUUGAUUUCUCUUGCAAGAUGAAAAUUGGAUCAUAGGGCAGGUUAUUUUGUGAAUUAGCCAGGCUCUUCUCAUUGGCUUUUCAACAUUGCAAUACACAAAGUGUCAGAAAAAAUAGAAGGAUGAGUUUUACCUUCUCUAUUUUGUUCUCUUAAUUCUAGGCAAAAGCUAGUUACUAGAAUUAUAGUAUAUCUAUCAGUAUUUUUUUGUAAUCUAAAGGGUAACCUUCAUAUUAAUGUGAUGCAAUUUACUGUUAAACCAACUUCCCGACUAUUGAUUUGAUUUUUUUCUCAAAAUAUUAGUUUGAUAAGAUUUUGGUCAAUCAGUAGUUUUUAAUAAUAUAGUAUAGACAAUUACCAGGUUAUUGUGAUCUUGUGGAUUUCUGGGAUAGGUGGAGGAGAAAAUACACUUUCUGUCCCAUGUUUCUAUCCCGAGAGCGAAAUCUUCUCCUCAAUUCUUUUAUUUUGAUUCCAUUCUUACCACUUUUCAGUACCUGAUACUGAAAAGUUUGUGGGUAAAAAGCUUUAAAUAAGGAGCACAAUAUUUUGGAGUCACUUGCAGUUUGUAAAUAUUUGUCUUUACAAACUCUUGUAAUUCAUGAAAAAAUUUUCUGUGUUUCUUUCCACACAUGUAUUUAUUGCACUGAAUCUUAAUAAUUUAUGAUCUCGAUGCUUUCUUUCUUUAUAGUAUUAGAGGCAAGUGUUGCAGCAAAUUUUUAUCGCAUGUUUAUUCACAGUUAUUACACUUUAACUAAUCCACAAUAUAUCACUAGACUCGGCUAAAGCAAUAUCCGUAUUUCCAUUUUAGUGUGUGUUUUUCCCUAGGCUGCUAAUGUCUAAGGUUCUAUUGAUGCAAAAGCGUAAUGAUGCAUCUGCAUUAACAACUUAGUCUGGUACCAGGUUCCUUGUGUACAGAUCUUUAGUACUUAAAGUCAUAAAUUUCCUCCCUUUCCUCUAUUUUAUGAAGACUGUCCUCUUAUCUGUGAUACUCUCGCCCAACAUCUAUUUGCCACAUUUAUUUUGAUGUUCUGUAUCCUAUUGAGUAUUUCUUAGUCAGAGGAACACACAUGCUGCAGACUAAAAAUUAUGUAGGCACUGCUAUUUUCUAAUGUCUUCUCUUGGAGGAAUCAACAUUAUUUUUGAUGUGUGGUCAAACAACUUGCUGGACUCAAAUUACUGAAACUUUCUUUGUUAUGUUAGAGAACACAAGAAAAUCAUUAUAUUUUACAUUUGUAAACAAUGUUUUCUCAUCCCAGUAUUUUUAAUUAUCUUGUCUUUUGUAUACUUUAUUUAACCGUGCAACUACCAAAGGCAUCUUUUAAGUAUUUGUUUUCAUAGAUUGGUAAGAAAGAUCUUAUGUCCUAUGCAUUUAAGCUGAAUCCUUUGUUUUUCCUUCACUUAAUCAUCAAAUCACAUUUAAAUAAUUUUAGUGCACCAUGAUCUUUUUGUGAACCCUGUCACAAUGCAACUACUGUAUUGUUACAGAUUGAAACCUAGAUUGUCCUCUUCCCUGUGAUAAAUGUGAUCUACUUUGAGUCUUGGGCCCUUCAAUUUGUUUUUAUUGAAUGUAAUACAAGUCAGUAUUUGUAGUUUCUCAACAAUUUGAUUAUUUAUGGAAAAUAUCUUGUCAGGUUCUAAUUUAUCAAAAAAUUAGUGAAUAGGAUUGUCAGAUUGCCUGUAUGCCUAAUGAAUAUCCAUCUAGUCGUGUUUAUCAUCCUACUAUCGCAGUCAUCACUUACAUUGUAAUAUUUUGCAUCUAUCCUUAAUUAAUUUAAAGGUCUGUUCUGUAACUAUUCUGCAUAAUGCACAUAGAUAUACACAUACUUACAUACCUACAUAAAUACAUACAUAGAGUUUCGCAUGCUAUUCCGUUCAAUGGAAAUUGAAAUAAGUUGUAGACCCCAGACUUUUAAUCCUACCAACAUCACAGUAAUCCCAAGUGUCGAGACACAUCUCUAUACCUUCGAUGUUUCAAGGCUUUAAAACUAAAUUUUACAGGCCUACAUGUCAUACAAUACUUUCUAUUGAAUGUUCUAUUUUGUGAUCUCAUGCAUAGCUUUCUUGUGUGAAAAAUAAAGGCAAAUCGUCGAACUGA